AUGUCUAGAUAUAUACCGUCGUGGCUCGUUUGGGGCCGCUUCGGCGCGGCUGGGCUGCCAUCACCCCCUUCCACAGGGCUGGUAGCAUUGCGACAGGCUUUUCGUCCAUCAAGAAACGUUGGAAAGCCUCAGGCUUUACCGUUUCCACUGCCGUUACGAGCGGCCUCUACUCUCGCUCCGAGUCAAUACAGAACCCAGAACCAUGGAAGCAAAAUACCCUGCGGCUUCGAAUUCGGCAGUGGCAGAUUAUCGACCAUCCGUACAGCAUAUAUCUACAACGGCCGGAGUCCUCUCGCACUGCGGGUGCUGUCGAGGCGCUCAUAUAGCAGCAAUACCCCUGAUAAUAAAGAAAUACGGUCAAAGGAGGCGGUGGGAAAGGACACAAAGCCUGGACAGUCGAAGACCGAGGACGAGACGCAGCAUGGCAUCCCUAAUGCAGAGAACGCCUCCAAAGCAGAGAGCCAAGCUGAAUCAUUAGCUUCCUCUGUAUCUAAAUAUUUGCAUUUACCAAAGAUGCCACAUCGCCCGACAAAGGAGGAGCUUCUGUCUGCAGCGAACGGCUUCUGGGAGCGCUUGAGGGUGCGCUUCAAAUGGAUGUCUAUCAGAAGUAUGCGACCGUGGAAUGCGGACGAAUGGGGCGCGUUUGUUUCAUGGUUUUUAUUUGGCCAUAUCGUUUGGAUCCUGGUCGGAACAACUACCUUCUUUUCCCUCCUCAUCCUUUCUAUCAAUACUGUCUUUGCCCAAGAAACGCUCGCGAAAUGGAUUGGAGACUACUUGACUCAGUCAGCAGGAGUCACCGUCGUGUUCGAAUCUGCCAUUGUUCCCAAAUGGGGAGAUGGCGUGAUUGCUUUUCGCAACGUAUUUGUCUCUCGCCGCCCAGGACAAGUCACGUCGUCUGUCAGCAAAGGGUCUUACGAUGAGGCAGCUGCGGCGGCCGCUGGUCGUCAAGCACAGCUUGCCACUUCCGAAGAUACACAAGACGAUGGCAACUACACGCAAUUUGACGUUACAAUUGCCAACGUCAAUGUGACCCUUUCAUUUCUAAAUUGGUGGAACGGAAAGGGUCUACUGAAAGAUGUGGAAGUCAACGGAGUUCGAGGUGUGGUCGAUCGAACGUCAGUACGAUGGCCGCUUGUACCUUUGGACCCUUAUUCAUACAGGCAUGAGCACCAACCAGGCGAUUUCGAAAUCGAAUCAUUCAAGCUUGAAGAUUUGCUUGUAACUAUACACCAACCAAAUGGCUUCCGACCAUUCUCUGUGAGUAUUUACUCUUGCGAGUUGCCACAGCUGCGGAAGCAAUGGCUCUUUUAUGAUUUCCUGGCUGCGACACAUGUGUCUGGCUCAUUCGAUGGGUCACUUUUUACAAUACACCCACGGCAAGUCCAUGGCAUUCCGUCCAACCAUUAUCAAGGAGGACCAAUGGACGCUGGCGAGUCCAAAGCUUGGAAAAAGUCAAGCCGCCUCCGAAUUGAUGGGCUAAAAAUUGACCAUUUAAACCGUGGCGUGGAAGGUCCCUUUGGAUGGAUCUACGAGGGCGACGUGGAUAUCGUUGCCGACGUCAUGUUUCCCGCUGACAAUGACGAGAGUCUCACCAAAGUCAUGGCUGAUUUCUACGACCAGCUGGAAGAAGUCGUCGUGGCCAAUAGGCACCGAUUCCUCCGCAACACGGUUGAGGAGUCGGUCCCUCAGCCUCUGGUGGUCCAGUCGGGUCACAUAUCAGAAGCUGCCACGGCACCGCCACAAGCAGAGGAGGGAAACAAGGCGGCGACUUCAACUCCGGGCGACGAAGAUCGGCGCUUCUUCAUCAUGGAUCUUCGAAUUCACCUUAACGACGUCAAGGCCGCGAUGCCCUUGUUCACCAAGGACAUGUCCUACGUCAACCAGGCACUGGUUCGUCCCAUCGUGGCGUACAUUAAUGCCAAGAAGACGUACAUUCCCAUAUCGUGCCGCAUCGUCAAGCGCGUCAGCGAUUUUGACGGCUCCUGGACCGUAUUCGACUGCGGUCUGAUGGACGAUGCGUCCGCCGAGACGUACGAGGCCUUUGCGCAGGACAUUGAAGAUCGGCACUCGCGCGUCCGCCGCUUCAGAAAAGUUGGCUUCUGGACCUUGUCGCUCGCCAUCCACGCUCUGUUUAUGGGCAUGGCGGGCCAUGUCGUCUGA